GGAACUUUCGAGAUGGAGGUUUGCGGUUCUGAUACACCAGAAGUAGACUUGUACAAAGGAUAUUGGCGAUGCCAGAAAGACCCGAAACAUGACGGAUUCAUCCAGAUCUCUAAGUUCAGCAAAGCACAUCUCCCGGGACCCUUCCAAGACGACGAAGACAUAUUCCGAACCAUUGAGCCCCAAGCUUUUCUCACAGUGAGGUUGAGGGUUUAUUACAUCAGCACAGAACGACCAAAACUCUUCCCAGGGAGCUCCAAACCGUAUCCAUUUGCGAACUCUGCAGGAAAGAAAGUUUCGCGGGUGGGCACUGGACGGGUGGACUCGGUGUAUAUUCCAUCUGAACGAUGGGCGAGAAGAGGGAGCCGAGAGAGGGGCAAGACUGAUGCAAAAGGUUCAAACAGCGAUGUAAGCUUACUCAACUACGAUGGACCUUGUCCAUGUCACGUGUGCAGAAAUUCCACCAAUCCGGCACAGAUAUGGGGGAAAGUAACAAUUGUGACGUCAACACACGUUCUAUUCGACCAAUCAGAAGUGAAGCAUUCUGGAGUAGCUCUCUUCUACGAUGAGGACACAACCCGGGCAGACCAAGUAGUCACUCUAAGUGGACAUUCAGUCGGCUAUAAAAGUAAGUACAAAGACAUGUGCGUUCUAUAUUGCCCAACUCACGACCUUGACCUUCUUAAGAAAUUGAACGACGCUCUCCUCAUGUACCCCGGUUACGUCAACAGGAUUACCCAAAAGCACGCUAGGACGGAAUCUUCUUUGGCUUUUGUGACCUCUCACCCUCACGGCUGCAGCAAGAAAGUGUCCAUAGGGGCAUGGACGGACAAGGAGGAGCAGGGCGAUAACGAGACGCUCGAACGGAUCAGAUAUACCUACACAGCUUCUACGUGUCACGGGAGUAGCGGGGCGCCUGUGUGUUUAGUCGGGGGGUGGCCUGCAGAGUCGCAGGCCGCAUGGUGGGCACUCUACCCUCUGGCAACCCACAGUGAUGGUUUCAGGAAAGACUGUAAUAAAAGCGGAAAUGCUUAUCGUGUGCCAUUUAUGUAAUACCCGGUGCCAAUUGGCAAGAUCUGUUCGGUUCGGUUUGGUAUGGUCGUCGGGGCUAGCCAGAUUUUCCUCAUGGGUAGUUAGUGGGUGCU